GUAAACAAUAUGUGAAAAAUCAGUGAUUUGUUUACAAAAACAGAAAAAAUGUAUUUCUUUUUCCUCUGCGGUGUAGUGAUUCAUCUGAUAUUCCUGUCCUCCAUCUUCGACAUUUACUUCCUGUCGCCCAUCAUUCGUGAUUUGGAGCCACAGACGGAUAAUGAUGAUCCCCCGGCAAAGAGGUUGGUGCUCUUCGUGGCUGAUGGAUUGCGUGCAGAAUCAUUCUAUCGUGAUGAUUUCCGUAGGACUGAGUUCCUUGGGGAGAUUGUCACAAAGCAGGGAAUUGCUGGAAUCUCCCACACCAGGGUGCCCACUGAAUCCCGUCCGGGGCAUGUAGCUCUCAUUGCGGGGCUAUAUGAGGAUCCCAGUGCUGUGACACGUGGGUGGAAGGAUAAUCCAGUGGAUUUUGACUCGGUGUUCAAUCGUAGUCGUACAACGUACAGCUGGGGGAGUCCUGACAUCCUCCAGAUCUUCGUGAAGGGCACUGAAAGGGGGCACAUCUUCACGCAUUCAUACACAAAUGAGGAUGUGGAUUUUUCCGGAAGGAAUCGAAGUACCAUUUGGCUCGAUGAAUGGGUUUUUAGUCGUGUCAAGGAGUUCCUCCUGCGGAAUGUUACGGAAGAGCUGAAGAAGAGCGACAGGGUGGUGUUUUUCCUGCACUUGCUGGGACUCGAUACAGCUGGGCAUGUACACAAGCCAAAUUCCAAGCUUUUCAAUGAGAAUCUCCUGGCUGUGGAUCGGGGAGUGCGGGAGAUUGCUUCACUCUUUGAGAAUAUCUUCCCGGACAGGAGGACGAGUUAUGUUUUCACAUCGGAUCACGGGAUGUCCGACAGGGGAGCUCAUGGGGCGGGGCAUCAUCAUGAAACUGAGACACCAAUUGUUGCCUGGGGUGCUGGAGUUGUGAGAAAACCUUCCCGGAAGCCACGGGAGAACAUUGAACAGGCUGAUGUGGCUCCCCUGAUGUCCGCCCUGAUUGGUAUCGCCCCACCGGUGAACAAUGUCGGCAUGGUACCCAUUAGAUUCCUCAAUACAUCCCUGGAAUACACAGCCAGGGCCCUCUUUACCAAUGCCCAGCAAAUUUUGGCGCAAUUCACAAAAGUUUCCGGAGAUUUUCAUCGUGGCAAGCUUAGCCGGUACUUCCGGACAUUUGAGAAGGAGCAGGGCAUUCAGGAAGUCACGCAGGAGAUUCAGCAAAGGAGUGCGGAGGAGAACUACGAGAAAGCCAUUGAGCUGAGUCAGACAAUGAUCCGGGAUUGCCUGCAGGGCAUUGAAUUCUAUCAAACGUACUACCAGAAGCUCUUCCUGCUCACUGUGAGCGUUGCCAUGAUUGUGUGGAUGAUCAUCUCCUUCCAGGAACUCACAUCUGGGCAUCUGGAGUAUGUGACGCGUGUCAUUGAUUCCCGUGUCACUGUAAUCUCCACAAUCCUCCUCACCUUCACCAUUACCUUCGUCAUCCUGCAGCAGAUAAGCUUUCGCCUCACGGUGUACCUCAUCCUGCCCACAAUCCUGCAAUUCAUCACCCUCAAGCGAUGGAAUUACUUCAAUGCCAUCCGCUUCCGGACAAAUAUUUUCUUCAUUCUCAUCUAUGCCGCCGGCGUGGAGCUGUUUGUCCUGGCCUUCUUCUAUCGCUUCACCCUGGCUGCCAUCCUUCUCAUCUACUGUGCCAUUGAAGCUGUCCAGCAGUACCGUCGUGGCUGCUCCAAGGGGAUUCUAGUCAAAUGGAUCAUUUCCUCCGUAGUCCUCGCCAUCUUCCCUUCCCUGCCAGUCAUUGAGAAGGAUGCCAAUGAUUUUCAACUUUUAUUUAUUGGAACCCUUCUGUGGUGCAUCCACAGCAUUGCUUCCGCCGUGGGAACAUCCGGGAAGGAAGGAGAAAGCUCCUGGAGGCUCAUUCAUCGCUAUGGCACCAUCAUUCUCCACGUUAUUGUCAAUGUGAACCUCCUGGCCAGUGUAAAAUCCAUCAAUGAGGGUUCGGGACUUCAUUCCACGUACCAAAUCAUCUCCUGGAUCUCCCUCGUUUUAGCCCUCAUUCUCCCCAUUUUGAGCUCCCUGGAGCCCGAGAAGAGGCUCUGGGCACUGGCAAGUAGCUUCAGUGUUCCCAUCUCCAUCAUGUCGCUCUCAUAUGAGCCCAUCUUCUUCUUUAUCUUCUCCAUCAACCUCAUUACGUGGUUCCGGAUGGAAUUUCCCCACCGCACGACGGAUGUUCAGAAGAUCUUUCUGGACAGGAGGGACUUUAUCCGGAUGUACAUCAUCCUCCUGUAUAUUUUUAUCUCAUUCUUCGGCACGGGGAAUUUUGCGUCAAUCAGUUCAUUUGACCCAAACUGGGUGAGGUGCCUCGUGACGACCUUCUCACCCUUCCUCAUGGCCACACUCAUCAUCCUCAAGUUGAUGGCGCCAAUUCUUCUAGUCGUUUGUGUUCUCCGGACCAUUCAUACGAUCUCAAAGACGGAAAUACGCAAGCUGUUCAUUGUGAUUUUGCUGAUUUGCGACGUGAUGGGCGUGAAUUUCUUCUAUUUAAUCACAAAUCGCGGCUCAUGGUUGGAAAUUGGGCAAUCCAUAUCGCAUUUUGUCAUAAUUGAGGUGACAGUUUUGGUAUUACUCCUCCUCUUCUGUGUCACGCAUCCGUUUACCAAUUUGGACUUGGUCAGCGUUCUCCAAAGUGGUCAUCAACUCCUGCCAACGACCAAGAGGCGCAAAAUUCAAUAAAAUGCACGUACGUUGACGGAAUAAAUUAUCAGAGGGAAGCUAUUAAAAAAAAACUCUUCAGCACCAUUCUGUUCAUUUCUCUGCAGCAGAAAUGAGUCAUUUUAUGCAGAAAAUAAGGAAAAA